AUGUCAGCAGUCUUGAAAUUCAUUCCCAGUGAUACCCAUGGAAUGCCGCAAAAGCGUUCGGGGUCACAGCGGGCCUGCGAUACUUGUCGCCGACGAAAGAAACGCUGCGGACACGGUAAUGAAGAUGUAAUUUCAUCUGCUGUGCCACAGGCGGAUCAAUCAGGCUCGAGUCCUAAGCGUAUCAGACUUUCCAAUGAACCAGGUACUACUGGGAACGGUGAAGUUACUACGUCAAGACCAUCAGUGCCUUCGGAUGGGGGUACUGUACCCCAGAGAGCUCAACAUUAUGUCGAGAAGAGUGCAAUGCUGCCUCCAGAAUCGCCGGCGACUGCCAGUAGUGGUCGCGCCGACAGUAAUUCGGGGAGACCCACCACCCAAACAUCGUAUAAUGGUAGUCGUAAUUACAGCGAGUCCAGACAUGACGCGCGAUUCAUCGGACAUCUAAACCCUGAAGCUACCUUUCUUGCAGCAACUAGUCCCACGCUGACCACAGGAUCUGGAGAACCUGAAGAGGUCGGUGUAUGGUUGUCUUCUGUAGGACGAAGCGCACCCCAGCCUUACACCUCACUCCCAAUGAGGCAGACUCAAUCAGAUGCUGUCUAUUGUGCCGACCCUCUCAUAUCCAGAGUCUUACUACCACAUCUCGAGGAAUCAUGUCUCUCUUUACUACCCGACUCGUCGGAUUUCGCAGCCCUAUCUAAUAUCUAUUUCGAGGAGUUCCAUCCUAUCUUUCCCAUCCUCGACAGGGAUAUCUUCGAGGCUCCGAAUCCUCAUCGCCCAUCCCACGUUGUCAUGAAGCAGAUCGUUUCUCUAAUCUCGAGUUCAAGUCCUUCUGCCAGGCUGUUCCUUCGACUUAACAUCAACGAACCCACACUCCUAGAAAGAAGCGAAUUCUCGUACCGGAUUUCACUUUCAGUCCGAACAUGUCUGAACCUGGACCUCAUCAAAGACAAAUUCACUGUAUGCCAGAUCUGUGCACUGUUCUCCAUGUACACACAACUAGCCGAGGACCGCCAUUUGCCAGUAGAGAUGUGUGCACGCGCAGUCGCUCAUGCACAAACCCUUGGACUUCACCUCCGAGCUAACCAGCAACCCUCAGCAGCUCGAGUUUUCUGUUGCAUUUGGGCCUUGGACAGACUGAAUGCAGCAUUCCAUGGGCGGCCUGUCACGAUGCAUGAACGCGACUUCGGGAACAGGCUAGGAGAAAGCAUUCCGGAACAGGAGGCAUGCUUUCAACUAUGUCUCCGCACCACUGUUCUUCUUGACAAAGUCAUCGAUCUCUAUCGGCCCAAUCCAGAUAGACCACAAGCAGACUGGGGUCUGGAGCUGCCUGAUUAUGAGAGCAUUGUACAUGAAGCCAGCGCUUCACGUAUAAAGCCCAAUCUUCUCGCAACAUUGGAAACGUUCUAUCAUGCAGUCGCUAUCUUGUCAUGUCGAACCCAUGCAUUGACGCAGCCACCACGCUCCUCUCCAUCCCACGUUCGACAAAGUUUGUCGGCGACAAGAGUCAUAUCCAUGAUCUCGGAAGACUAUAAUGGAAAGUUCCCACCAACUCCCAUCGUGCCGUAUGCUGUAUCUCUUGCAUUACGAUUCUUCUAUCGCGAAUUUCGAUUCACCAAGGUUCCUCUCUUCCGCGGGAGAGCUCAAAAGCAACUCACACUUGGCUGUGACAUCUUGCGGGAUCUAGGCGAUGCCUAUCCAGUAGCGAUUGGCAUCGCCAAUCUUGUUGAGCAGAUGCUCAAUGAGACAGACAAAGUAUAUUCUUCUAUGGCUCAUCAGUCUCAAGAGCCCGAAAGGUCAAGGACGAGUAGCCAUGGGGGAACACCUGUCUCCGGUGCUGCAGGGGGUUCAAGUCUUGAUGUCGCAGCUUCGACUCAACCCGCACAAACGGAUUGGUCAAUGUGGGAUAACCUACCAGACAUCGAUAUCUUCGAGCAUUUCGAUCCCAACUUCGAUCUUGACGCAAUUGAUGCUGCCCUUGCCGAUGAUACGCAACCUGUGUUUCCGAUAGGCUAUCAUGGAUACACGUUCUGA